AACCUUUUCCCUUUUAAGUUCCUUUAACUUUUGCAUAGCUGCGAUAUUCACUUAAAUUCUUCCGCUCAUUCGCCAAAUGUGGGACGACGAAAUCUACUUUGACGACGACGAGGCUGCCAUGGAGGCAUACAAAGCUAUGGUUGUGGGAACGGGCAACGGCAGCGAUGACGACAACGACGAUGAUUUUCAGCCGGACAGGGAAAUUCGCCGCGACGUUCCCCCAAAGUCACGCCGGGACCUGCCACCAAAGAGCGCAAAAGUAAGCAGCAACACCCGGGCACCGAUUAUCUCGCGGUCAUCUAGCCCAGCGCCGCUGCACUCGGCGGCAGUCACCAGAGCAAUCGCAAUCGACGACGAGGAUAUGGUCAUUGACAUUGAGAACGACGAUGUUGUUGUUGUGUCUGCAGCGAUGCCCACACCCGACAUCAGCAACCUCAAUGUCUCGUUGACCGCCAAAGAUACAAGUGCUCGGAGCAGCGACUCGCUGAAUGCAAUCCAGGCUCUGCGCGAGCGCGAACAGAGCAUCCGCCUUCGCAUGCAGCAGCUCGAAAGGGAUAUUGCUGAUCUGGAGAAGAAGUGUGGUGUUGAGGCCGGCGCGGACGGCAAGGGCAAGGCCGCCGAGGUGGACAUGAGCGAGUUCAAGGCGCCUGAGUGGUCGGUGCCCAUUCGCGCAAACGUAAUGAACUUUGACUGGGGGAAGCUAGGCCAGGCAUGCCAGUUCGACGUGAUCCUGAUGGACCCGCCAUGGCAGCUGGCCUCGCAAGCCCCCACGCGCGGCGUGGCUAUUGCCUACCAGCAGCUGCCCGACGUGUGCAUCGAGUCGCUUCCCAUCCAGCUGCUUCAGACCAGUGGCUUUAUCUUCAUCUGGGUUAUAAACAACAAGUACACCAGGGCAUUUCAGCUGAUGAAGCAGUGGGGGUACACCUAUGUCGAUGAUAUUGCCUGGGUCAAGCAGACCCACGCAAAGGAGACGUGCCUUAUCGGGAAGAAGGGUGCCGACCCGCCGAACCUCCAAAGAUCCGUUGCUUCGGAUGUAAUAUUCUCCGAGCGCCGCGGCCAGAGCCAAAAGCCCGAGGAGCUGUACGAGAUCAUUGAGCAGCUGAUUCCUAACGGCAAGUACCUCGAGAUAUUCGGGCGCAAGAACAACCUGCGCGAUUAUUGGGUAACCGUUGGUAACGAGCUCUAAACUGUAGUUUUGCUUUAAUUUUUUGGUUAAUACAUGCUGGCAUUUUCAUAUUAGCAG